CAGCGGCGUCGCUGAGCACCACGUGAUCCAAUCAGGAAGUGACCCCGAGUGCCUACGGUGUCCGGUGAGCGGUCCUCUGCUGUGUUGCUUUCAUUGUGAACGCCCGCUUCCAGCAUCCAAACAUUGAAAAACGGGAGUUCGGUCGUUUUGAGCAGCUGUCAAUCACAGAGCUCUUGUCUUCAGCUGGCGAGCGGUGUGGUCGGCAGGAUGAGUUCAGACGGAGGCGGGCGGCCGGUGAAGGUGGGCUCUCUGGUGGAGGUCAUCGGGAAGGGGCAGCGCGGGACGGUGGCGUACAUCGGCGCCACCCUGUUCGCCUCGGGAAAAUGGGUGGGUGUGAUCCUGGACGAGCCCAAGGGCAAGAACGAUGGGACGGUGCAGGGAAAACGUUACUUCACCUGUGAGGAGAAUCAUGGGAUAUUUGUCAGACAAUCUCAGAUUCAGCUCAUGGAUGAAGGAGGCAGUUCUGCUACGUCUCCAGAAACGCCGGACUCAGGUGUGGCCAAACUGCUCAAGAAAGAAGUCCAGGAGACACCGAAAUCUGUUAAACAGACUCCAACAGCAAAGAAGCCUCCUAUGCGCCGUAGUACCAAGUGGAUCACACCGGGCCGUCUGUCUAGCUCCAGCUCCCUGCCCUCUCUUGUCAUGGCUGGUCGGCCCUCUGUUGGAGGUUCAGUGCUUUCUGAAUCCGUGUUGGUGGAGAAUGAGUCCACAUCAUCUUCCCAGAUGGCACUGGGAGCUCCUGUUGUACCGCAGCCCAGUGCCGCCCCGAGCGCCCCGCCUCCUGCGACCCCUAGCAAGGAGGAGGAGUCUCUCCGAGCUCAAGUCAAGGACCUGGAGGAGAAGCUGGAGACGCUGCGGAUGAAGCGCUCGGAGGAUAAAGCCAAACUCAAGGAGAUGGAGAAGCACAAGAUCCAGCUGGAGCAGCUGCAGGAGUGGAAGAACAAGAUGCAGGAGCAGCAGAACGAGCUGCAGAAGCAGCUGAAGGAGGCCAAGAAGGAGGCGCGCGAGGCUCUGGAGGCCAAAGACCGCUACAUGGAGGAGAUGGCAGACACGGCGGACGCCAUCGAGAUGGCCACACUGGACAAAGAGAUGGCGGAGGAGCGGGCCGAGUCUCUGCAGCAGGAGGUGGAGAGCCUGAAGGAGAAGGUGGAGGAGCUGACCAUGGACCUGGAGAUCCUCAAGCACGAGAUCGAGGAGAAGGGCUCAGACGGAGCGGCGUCCAGUUACCACGUCAAACAGCUGGAGGAGCAGAACAGCCGUCUGAAGGAAGCUCUGGUCAGGAUGAGGGAUCUGUCGUCGUCUGAGAAGCAGGAGCACGUGAAGCUUCAGAAACAGAUGGAGAAGAAGAACUCUGAGCUGGAGACGCUGAGAGCACAGAAGGAGAAACUGCAGGAGGAGAUGAAACAGGCUGAAGACACAAUCGAUGAGCUCAAGGAACAGGUGGACGCUGCUCUGGGAGCUGAGGAGAUGGUCGAGACACUGACGGAGAGAAAUUUAGACCUGGAAGAGAAAGUGCGAGAGCUGAGAGAGACCGUCAGUGACCUGGAAGCGAUAAACGAGAUGAACGACGAGCUGCAGGAGAACUCGCGCGAGACGGAGCUGGAGCUGCGUGAGCAGCUGGAUCUGGCCGGAGCUCGAGUCCGAGAGGCCCAGAAGAGAGUGGAGGCGGCGCAGGAGACGGUGGCCGACUAUCAGCAGACCAUCAGCAAAUACAGAGAGCUCACCACUCACCUGCAGGAAGUGAACCGAGAGCUGACCAGUCAGCAGAGCAGCACAGCCGAACAGCUGCAGCAGCCGGCGGCCGAACUCUUCGACUUCAAGAUCAAGUUUGCGGAGACCAAAGCUUAUGCUAAGGCCAUCGAGAUGGAGCUCCGCAAGAUGGAGGUGAAUCAAGCCAACCGUCAGGUGUCUCUGCUGACGUCGUUCAUGCCGGAGUCAUUCCUGAGACACGGAGGAGAUCACGACUGCAUCCUCGUGCUGCUCCUGAUACCCAGACUCAUCUGUAAGGCGGAGCUGAUCAGUAAGCAGGCGCAGGAGAAGUUCGAUCUGACCGGCGGUUCUGUGGAGCGUUCUGGACUCCGCGGCGCCGCAGGAGAGCAGCUGAGCUUUGCGUCGGGUCUGGUGUACUCUCUGACCCUGCUGCAGGCCACGCUGCAUAAAUACGAGCUCGCUCUGAACCAGUGUGGCGUGGAGGUGUACAAGCGCAUGGGGACGCUGUACUCGGAGAUGAGCGUUCACGAGCGCUCGCUGGACUUCCUCAUCGACCUGCUCCAUAAAGACCAGCUGGAUGAGACGGUGCAGGUGGAGCCGCUCACCAAAGCCAUCAAAUACUACCAGCAACUGUACAGCGUUCACCUGUCCGAACAGCCGGAGGACUGCACCAUACAGCUGGCCGACCACAUCAAGUUCACCCAGAGCGCUCUGGACUGCAUGGGGUCAGAGGUCGGCCGUCUGCGGGCAUUCCUGCAGGCGGGACAGGAAGGGGCGGAGCUUUCAGUGCUCCUGAAGGACCUGGACACUUCCUGCGGGGACAUUCGGCAGUUCUGCAAGAAGAUCCGCAGGAGGAUGCCUGGGACGGACGCUCCUGGAAUACCGGCCGCGCUCACCUUCCUGCCUCAGGUGGGCGAGACGCUGGCGGACUGCAGGAAGCAGCUGACGCGUGUGGUGGCCGUCCUGCAGGAAGUGGCGGCCGCCGGCGCUCAGAUGAUCGCGCCGCUGCCGGAGCCGGAGGGACUGACGGCUCUGAAACUGGAGGACGUGACGUUUACAGCAGUGGAGCAGGUCUACGGCGCUCACGGUCUGAACCCGUACGAGUGUCUGCGUCAGUCCUGCAGCGCCGUCAUCGCCACCAUGAACAAGAUGGCCACCGCCAUGCAGGAGGGAGAGUACGACGCCGAGAGGCCUCAGCGUCCGCGCCCUCCAGUGGAGAUCCGUGCGUCGGCUGUGAGAGCGGAGAUGACAGACGCCGAGGGUUUGGGAAAUAAACUGGAGGAUCGAGAGACCGUCAUCAAAGAGCUGAAAAAAUCCCUCAAAAUCAAGGGCGAGGAGUUGAGCGAGGCGAACGUUCGUCUGAGUUUGCUGGAGAAAAAGCUGGACACGUCCACGAAGGACGCAGACGAGCGCGUGGAGAAGAUCCAGACCAAACUAGACGACGCUCUGAGUCUGCUGAAGAAGAAGGAGAAAGAGUUUGAGGAGACGAUGGACGCGUUACAGGCAGAUAUCGAUCAGCUGGAGGCAGAGAAGGCGGAGUUAAAACAGAGGAUCAACAACCAAUCACGAGCCGGAGCCGAAGGUUUCCGCGGGCCGCAAGCAUCUGGCAUCGCCUCUAUCGUCACAGGAGCCGCCGCAGGGGGCGUGUCUGCAGGUGUGGGCGGAGUCUCCGGAGCGGUUCAGGUCGUGGAUUCUCCUCUGCUCAAGCAGCAGAUCGACGUGCAGCGACUCGCCAUCAAACAGCUGAAGAGCGAAAACUACAGACUGAAGGCCGAGAAGAUGCGCGCGCAGCUGUCGUCGCUGCCGCCGCUGCAGGUGCCGAACAUGUCGGGUGUGAUGGGAGAGGGGGCGGCGUCGGGGUCGCUGUACCGCCGGACGGACCUGCUGCUGGGGAACCUGCUGAAGAUGAGCGCCGGACUGAGAGUGGUGGACAUCAGCGGCAAGAGCACAGCGAGUGCCAGCGCUCAGUUACUGGAACAGACGGCCAGACUGAAGUCUCUGAGCGACGCGCUGGAUAAACUGAAGGCUGACGUGUCGCAGCACGUCGUGUCGCAGCAGCCCGGCGCUCGUGUGCCAUCCGACUUCGCCACGUUCCCCUCGGCUUCUUUCGUCAAGGCCAAAGAGGAGCAGAAGGGCGGCUCGGUGCUGGUGGGGAAGGUGAUGAUCCCCUGCGCCCGCGGUCAGGAGCAGACGCACUGCCUCGUCCUGUCCCAGCAGCAGCUGCAGCGCGUGCACCGCCUCCUCAUGACAUAAACACACUCACAGCCAAUCGCACGCCUCGUCCCGCCGGCUCAGGAACCAGUCAGACCAAAUCCGCUCAUCUUCUGAGCGUAGAUCUCAAAAAGCCAUUCAACUCUCAGACGGAUCGUUCGCCACACUAUAUCAGCUCUCAUUGCGUUUCUUCUUUAACAGCGUAUGGGUUUGAAAAGACACGCUUUUCCAUUAAGGGAAACGAGGAAUAAAAUCAAAAAAGUAAUAGCGCCUUUUUAUCUCACAGUUCUGACUUUUUUUCUUGUAAGUUUAUAACUUGGUUAAAAUGUAGUUUUAUUUAGUCUAUUUGUUUGGAAACUGGUCUCACAUUUCACAUCAUGAAGCAUCGUCAGUUUUUGAAUAAGCGUUUGAUUUGGUGACGGAGGUUAAAUAUUACUAACACUAGCGAAGCUCACCUAAAAUGCACCGCUGUAGGAAAUCAAUGAGAACGUAAUGAAUAUAUGGUAGUUUUUGCUCACUCGUAUAUUAGCGCUUCAUUAGACUCGAAGGACCAACUCAAUCAAGAGAUCCACGACUAUCACAGAAACCAUCUGAAUGACACUCAUGAUUUAUGCAAGACAGAAGCACAAACGUGUUUUCAGUCACUGAUUCUUAUAUUGAACACCUUCUGAUCUCUAUAAGACGAUCUCUGGUUGAUUUACAUUUAUUUACUUGGAUUCGUUGGUUCAGUGUUUUAAUAGUUUAUGCAUUUGACAUGUUUCUCAAUGGAGAUGACUGCAAUAAAGAUGGAAAAAAAAAUUA